UGGGAAGUAGUGGUGAGUUUGUUGUUAGCCUUUGGUGCUUUCGUGCUAGUUAUCUUCCCAGCUAGCGAGAUAAAUACAAUCAAUGGAGCAGCACAGAUCCCACAAUCCCCACCCUAGCCACCAAAGCCGCCCGUCAGCAUACAAAAGAGAACGAGAAGACAAUGGAAGAAAUCACUGUGAGAAUAAACACUCCAGACCCAGCCGCCCCCAGAAUCAGUCCGGGCCAAGUCGAGGACAAAAUCCACUCAGCUCUCGGAGUUUGAGCACCAGAAGGGAGCUAUAUGAGAAAGACUUUCCUGUGUACAAACAGCCUGUCGAAGUAGGAUGUUUUUCCCUCGACUCUGAACGCAGAUUCUUCAAUGACGGCAGGCAAAUGAGAUACUAUGUGGAACCUGAUAGGAGUCCAAAUUUUGAUCUGAGGGAUGGAUACAAGGAUCGGUUUAUUAAGAGAGACGACAGUGUGAAGGAGAAGCUGGACCAUAUGUUACGCUGGAUCUUGGCCAAUAGAUCAAAGCUCAGCUCAAAGGGGACAGCCUCAUCAUGUGAUUUAGAUGUCGACUUUGUGACAUGGCGGGGUCAUCUAACCAAGCUGCUAACCGCUCCCUAUGAGACACGGGAGGGCUGGCUGCUGGCUGUCACCAGGUUCAGGGGCACGCUUUACAUCAGUGAGGUGGAAACAGAAGUUGCUCGUAGGGAUCGAGAGAACCGCACCGGGAGACAUAAAGAGAUGAUGUACUGGGGAUACAAGUUCGAGCAAUACACAUGUGCAGAUAGCGUUCACGGUCGACCUGACCCAGGCGGGGUGCUUAACACCAAUGAGGCCUUCUGCACUGUGGUGCAAACGCGGCUCGCCGAUCACAGACUCCUGUUCUCGGGAGAGGUGGACUGCAGGGAUAAAGAUCCCAACGCUCCGGCUCCCGCAUGUUACAUCGAACUGAAGACGUCUGCGGAGAUCUGCACCCCCAAACAGCGCAGCAACUUCCACAGGUUCAAGCUGCUGAAGUGGUGGGCCCAGUCUUUUCUCCCCGGAGUCCCCCGUGUUGUGGCAGGUUUUCGCGAUGAUGAAGGCGUGGUCGUCGCUGUGGAAACUUUUCCCAUCUCUAAGAUUUCACAUCUCAUCAAGAAUGAACACAACUGCUGGAAGCCGACGGUCUGUAUGAACUUCUGCUCUGACUUCCUGUCUUUUGUAAAGCACAUCGCUACUGAAGACAAUCCAAGUGUUGUGUACCUGCUGUCAUGGGAGCCCCGCAGAGAUGUGACCUUCUCCGUCCACAGGGACUCGCCAUAUUGCUUCCUGCCACACUGGUAUGUGGAGGGGAUGACCAGCAGUCAACACUCGCAUCAGUCCUGAUUUACAAUCGAGACGUGGUCUCCUGGGAAUGUUAAUGCAGACCUCCAAUGGAGUGGUUUUUUUACCAAAAUAAUGUGGACUUUAAUGUGUAUACAGUUUUUCAGUCUCUGAGAGGGGCUAACCUGUCCCUAAUCCCUUCCACAUGAAUGAUCCGUUGUGAUUUUUUAAAUCUCUUUUUUGUUCAGCCGUACAAACUGAACCUGUGUUUUCAACUUGCAUGUCGUGAUUUUCAAUAAAACAGCAGUAAGUCAUCUUUUUUCUCAAACUUUAUUAUGACAUUACAAUAAUUUAACCCCCCCCAAAACAGGAGUAUGUUAAUGGAAACAAAAUUAUAAAACAAUUUGUUUAAAAAAAAGUUAAGUAACUACAUGGAGACUUAAUUCAAGUAAGUAUUGGAUCCACAAACAAAGACAAAACAUGUUGGCGAUUCUUUUUGCUAUAGCAUAAGCCAUUAGGGUAAAAAGAAUGUUCUGAAGACAGUCAUUAAUAGUCUUAAUGUAUUAUAGUUACUAUUGUGCCAAUGUAACCUUCAAACCUUUUCUAAACUAUAAAUAAAGCUAUAUUUGUCAUUUGCUCACCAAAAUCAGUUACAUUCUCCAUAGUCAGCACUUUCUUUUUCACACACCUAUUCCUAGAUUUUGCUAUUUUCUUUCCUAACACACACAGUCUAUUUAUUUCAUUUCAUUUUUUUAUGAACUCAUUUGUGUUAAGUCUACAUUUACAUUCCCUAACUGGAUGUACAUGUUUAUUUCAAGUUGUCAAUUUAAAAACAACCACACCAAUCAUAAUUGAGUUUGUGUCCAAAACACCAAGAUAUGGUAGGAGCUCAUAUCUGGUACAUUUCCAUUUUUGUUAAAUUUAGUGUUCUUACUACUUGAAACCAGCCUUAAUUCAAUGAAAAGUCAAAAGGAAGUCAUCUCCUAAAUGUAAUGUUGCAAAGUAAUAUUGAGAGCAGCAGCUCUUGUAAUGAUUACAACUCAAGUUACCAGAGUGAACAAGUGGUAAACCAACAAAGUGAAUGAACUUUCACAUUGGUUUUAAAGUAAAAGGCAGCGUAAACCUUGAUUCACCAAAUCGAGAAAGAACACUGUGAUA